AGUGAGGGAAGCAUUCGUCUAUCCUUGAUCCCCGAUUGCCUCGUAAUGACGACGCCGGCCCUGCCGCUUCCCUUCGUCUGUAGCAUUUGCCCUUCCGAUCGCGAAGGGAAGAGCAGCUCCCUCGUCUCCUCUCGGAGAAUGAUAGGAGCGAAACCGUAAUUUUCGAUCAAAUUCCGAGGUUUCUCUCCUUUAUUUUUCGUCAUAUUUGUGCAACCAAGCAUUUCCUGGCAUCGGAUUGGCGGUAUCAUUCGGAUUUGUGGGUUGGUGUUCUGUUUCGUCGCGACAAGGGGAGCUGAGUUGAUCUCUCGCAGGCUUUGGGAAAGGGGGGUUGUUAGGGGCGAAGAGGAGGGAGGUAUGCAUAGGGAUCGGGGAGGGAGUGGGUCGAGGGUGGAGACCGGAGCCUCAUAUCGUAGGCGGAUCAAUGGCGCCCUCGACAAACACCUGGAGAGAUCGUCAACGGCGACGUCGGAGGUCUUGAACCGCAGGGAGAGGGAGAGGGAUAGGCUGUCGGUGCCGUCCACCUCUUCCGGAAAGCACCUCGAGCACCAAGACCAGCGUUCUGCUUCUCUUUCCAAAAACAAGUACUCAGAUGAAUCAGAAACAGAUAGUGAAGAGUCAGAUGUCAGUGGUUCUGAUGGGGAAGACACAUCUUGGAUUUCAUGGUUGUGUAAUCUAAAAGGCAAUGAGUUCUUCUGUGAGGUUGAUGAUGAGUACAUACAAGAUGAUUUUAACUUAUGUGGUCUAAGCAGUCAAGUACCCUACUAUGCCUAUGCUCUUGAUCUAAUCUUGGAUGUGGAGCCUUCCCAUGAUGAUUUGUUUACUGAAGAACAAAAUAAGUUAGUUGAAGCAGCAGCUGAGAUGCUUUAUGGUUUAAUUCAUGUCAGAUACAUAUUAACCAGUAAAGGAAUGGCUGCAAUGCUAGAAAAGUUCAAGAACUAUGAUUUUGGAAGAUGCCCUCGAGUUUACUGCUGUGGCCAGCCUUGCCUUCCUGUUGGCCAAUCAGACAUCCCUCGAUCCAGUACUGUGAAAAUAUAUUGUCCAAAAUGUGAAGAUACAUAUUAUCCUAGGUCGAAGUACCAAGGCAGUAAUGUUGAUGGAGCCUACUUUGGAACAACAUUUCCUCACCUGUUUCUGAUGACUUAUGGACACCUGAAGCUGAAAAAGCCAUCACAACGAUACACUCCAAGGGUAUUUGGAUUUAAGAUUCACAAUCCUUGAUGCCAGAGUUGAUCUGUCACAUGGAAGGGUCAGGCUGCAGCUGAAUACACAACUCUAUAUUGAAAGAGGUUGCUGCCACAAACUGUAUCAGUUCUCAGAAUGUGACUGUACACGGCUUCACCAUAGUAGAAUUUUAGGAAACACCUGUCGGAUGGCUUACCUAUUUAGUAAGCUGUGUAUCUCAGUGUACCUGUAACUACUGAACAAGUUUUAUGGUUGAUCGAUUUGGCCUUGUGCAUUGCAGGUCUUGCCCCUUUUGCACUGGGGCCCAAGAUGAAUAUUUCAAACUCGACAUCUACCAUCACUACAAUUAAAAGUUUCUUUUUCGAGGCAUAUGUAUGCAUUUCAAUCCUUGUACUUUUCUGAUAAACCUUAUAUUUGUUCCAGGUGCUACAGGCCACUGCUGUAGUUCAUGUAACUGUCAUAAUGAUAUUUAAUUGUUUGGUCCAAUGGAUUAUGCAAUGUUAGAGAGUGUUUAAAGCCCAUUUGCAUUAUGCAACGGUGGCUACA